GUUAAUUUUUAUUCACAGAAAAAAAAAAAAACAGCUGUUGUUGAAAAAGAAAACAGCGAAGAGAGUUUCAUUGACGGAUGUCUUGGCUUUAUCUUUUCGCACACAUAAGUAAAAAUGCAUGCCCCAAAGAGAGGGUCAUCUCCUGAUGAUUCUCAGCGCAAGAUAAGGAAGUUGGAUCAGGAUGAGGAUGACAUGCAAUCCACAACUGCACCAGCUACAAAUAAUACAGCAGCAGACUCACGGAAUAAACCAGCCAAGUCAUCAAUACAGAGUUUCCCUGCAAAGGAUUCCAACAAAACCAUUUCUGAACCCCCUCUCAAAGAAUCCAAGCUCCUAAAUGCCACAAGUGCCUCCUGCGGAGAAGCUCCCUCACAGAAAGCUAACUCCAAUGCUUCCCUGAAGCGAACAGCCUCCACUGAGUCUGAGGAUGAAUUAAGUAGUGAUAGUAGUAAGACUGACCCUUUUAGAGAGAGGCAUGAUGGCGACAAGGCACGCUGCAUCAGAAAAUAUUCUAAUCGAGUCAAAGCGAAGCGCAAAGCUGAAGAGCCAACGUCUGACCCACAGGAGACAGGCCAAGGGUCACCGUCUGCACCUGAAGGCCCCGUUCAGAUGGACCACAAUUAUGGUAGAUUUUCAGAUUCAAGUAUGGGAGAGCUUGAUAUGGAUGAGAGAAAAGAAUCCGCACACUCUGUCACUGAACUACAGGUACAAGUAAUGUCAGUUAAUGCAACACAAGCAGAGUCAAAAUACACUUUAGUUGCUGCAAGCAGAAGUGCAAAGGCUAGCAUUGAAUUUGAGUGCCCAGAUGGUCAAAUCAAACAUGAGGAAUUGAAAAAUGUAGAAGGCCAAAAGCUCAAUGAUAAUAAAACCCCCACAUCAUGUAUAGAGAGCUUAGACUCUGUCACUGCAACAGCUGAAGGGUCGCCUUGCAUCACAUCUGAGGCAGAAGGGAAUGAAAAGAAAGACCUCAAUAACCAAAAGUGUGUAGAUAAUGAAACAGUUGCACCUGCAGUGGAAACAUUGUAUAGUACUGGAGAGGCAAAUCCAGGCUGUGAAGUGGAAAUACAGUUAGAGGAGAGCAUGAACUCAUUUCCUAUAAGUCCUACAGUUAACAUCACUGAAACUAAGGACACCACAGAGUCUGUUUCUAAGGAGACAUUGGAUGUAAAAUGUAAAAGUGAGGAUGAAGGGCAGGAAGCCAAUGUCUCCGCAGACCAUAUUGAUGUAGCAGAUAAAGCGUUAUCAAAUGAAACAAACGUGGAAGGAGGUGUUAAUCCUGAGAGUCAGACUAAUAAGAAAUUAACACUGCCCACUGGCAAUCCAGACACUCAAACAGACCUCAGUGUCAAAAUUCAAGUUACUUUCAAAGAGGAAUCUAACAUCAUUCAUCAAGUGAGCCAUGAAGUGCCAGAUGCAAUUACCAACUCGUGUGAGGAUGUGGACAAACUAGUACGAAAGUCGGAGGAAAAACGCAAGGAAAGUGAUAGGAAAGGAGUCGAGUUCCUGUCGACUCAGACUGUUGCUGUUUCUGCGUCCUUUGCUGAAAUGCAAGUGAUGGAAAAGACGACUGACAGCUGUACAGAAAUACUGACAUCAAAUUGUGAGGCUGUUCCUGAGCAAAAUCAAAACAAGGUGCUCUCUGAGUGUGUCACAGACUUGAAGGGGCAUAUUGACACGGACCUGGAGACCAAAAUGACAGAGGACAGGAAUAAAUCAGCACCUAAGGAGGAUACACUAAACGGGGGGAACCACAUAGGUAAUGACAAUACCAUGCAAAUACCAGCUGUAGUCGAAGACGUUGCAGAGACAAGGAUAGAACAAGAGAACCACUUUGAGGACAUUUCCAAUGAAGCCACCACAAUGGAAAUACAACUCCAGAAGAGGCAGGAAGUAAGUGAACACACUGCAGACAUAUCUACAGAAUUGAAUAAGGAUUGUGUUUCAAAUUCUAAAAUAAUGGAAAAUGACGACAACCAGGACUUUGAACACACUAGUGGACCUGAGAGACAGACUACAACGCCAUCACAGAUUCUUAAUCCUGCAUCUUCAGUGGAAGUACAAAUCCAGGAGAGGCCAAGAGACGACGAACCCAUCGCAGAAAUGUCUGAUAAAACACAGAAACAUCCAUUUGCAAAUUGCCAGAAAGCUGAAGGCAGGGUUGAUGCUGAAGCUGUAGUUGCUGCUGAGAAUCUGAAUAGAAUAGAUGUGGAUAUGCAGACGACAACCGCAUCACAAGAGACGUCUAACAUUGCACCUACUCCUACAGUGGAUAUGCAGACGACAACAGCAUCACAAGAGACGUCUAACAUUGCACCUACUCCUACAGUGGAUAUGCAGACGACGACAGCAUCAGAAGAGACGUCUAACAUUGCACCUACUCCUACAGUGGAUAUGCAGACGACGACAGCAUCAGAAGAGACGUCUAACAUUGCACCUACUCCUACAGUGGAUAUGCAGACGACGACAGCAUCACAAGAGACGUCUAACAUUGCACCUACACCUACAGUGGAUAUGCAGACGACGACAGCAUCACAAGAGACGUCUAACAUUGCACCUACUCCUACAGUGGAUAUGCAGACGACGACAGCAUCACAAGAGACGUCUAACAUUGCACCUACACCUACAGUGGAUAUGCAGACGACAACCGCAUCAGAAGAGACGUCUAACAUUGCACCUACACCUACAGUGGAUAUGCAGACGACAACCGCAUCACAAGAGACGUCUAACAUUGCACCUACAGUGGAUAUGCAGACGACAACCGCAUCACAAGAGACGUCUAACAUUGCACCUACAGUGGAUAUGCAGACGACAACCGCAUCAGAAGAGACGUCUAACAUUGCACCUACUCCUACAGUGGAUAUGCAGACGACAACCGCAUCACAAGAGACGUCUAACAUUGCACCUACACCUACAGUGGAUAUGCAGACGACAACCGCAUCACAAGAGACGUCUAACAUUGCACCUACAGUGGAUAUGCAGACGACAACCGCAUCAGAAGAGACGUCUAACAUUGCACCUACUCCUACAGUGGAUAUGCAGACGACGACAGCAUCACAAGAGACGUCUAACAUUGCACCUACAGUGGAUAUGCAGAGGACAACCGCAUCAGAAGAGACGUCUAACAUUGCACCUACUCCUACAGUGGAUAUGCAGACGACAACCGCAUCAGAAGAGACGUCUAACAUUGCACCUACACCUACAGUGGAUAUGCAGACGACAACCGCAUCAGAAGAGACGUCUAACAUUGCACCUACUCCUACAGUGGAUAUGCAGACGACGACAGCAUCACAAGAGACGUCUAACAUUGCACCUACAGUGGAUAUGCAGACGACGACAGCAUCACAAGAGACGUCUAACAUUGCACCUACUCCUACAGUGGAUAUGCAGACGACGACAGCAUCACAAGAGACGUCUAACAUUGCACCUACUCCUACAGUGGAUAUGCAGGCGACGACAGCAUCACAAGAGACGUCUAACAUUGCACCUACAGUGGAUAUGCAGACGACAACCGCAUCAGAAGAGACGUCUAACAUUGCACCUACACCUACAGUGGAUAUGCAGACGACAACCGCAUCAGAAGAGACGUCUAACAUUGCACCUACUCCUACAGUGGAUAUGCAGACGACGACAGCAUCAGAAGAGACGUCUAACAUUGCACCUACUCCUACAGUGGAUAUGCAAAGCCAGGAAGUCAUUGAACCCACCACAGACAUGUCUGCUGAACUGCAUGAGGAUCAAAAGGCUGAACAUAUGGAAAAUCCAGCUCCUGUAGUUGAAAGCAUAAUAGAAGUGGACAUGCAGACUACAUCAUCUGAGGAGAUAACUGACAAAGCACAUGCACUGGAAAUACAAAGUCAAAAUGAAGUAAAUAUCAAGACUGCAGCAACAUCAAUGGAGAUUUCUAACAUAGCAGAAACACAAGCCCAGGUGUGCCAGGCAGUCUUUGAACCUGAAACAGACAGCUCUCAAAAAGGUCUUCAGACUCCUGAGAGGAAUGGAAAUGAAAACAAGGUUACCGCAGUGUGUGUCAGUGCAACAGAGAAUCAAAGAGAAAUUGAUUUGCAGAGCACAACAACACGAGAGGAGACUUCUGAUCCCACAACUAAAGCAGAAACACAGAAUCAGAGAAGUCAUAAGGUGGAAGAACUCACAACACAGGUCAGCGAUCCUAAAGAUUGUAUUGUGGCAAACACAACAAGUGAAGAAAACAAGGAUACAGUUAUCACAGUAUGUGUGGAUGCCACUGAUAAUCAUAUAGAAAUGGAUGUGCGACCGACAGCAGCGCCGGAAAUGUAUAAUCAACCCCUUACAGACGAAAUGCAAAGCAAGGGGAGCCCAGAACUCCACUCCGAAGCUCAAAAUGAUCUAGUGACUGCAAGUUGUGAAAAAGCAAAUGGGGUUAAUGCUAAAUGUAUGGAUGUUACAGACGUUCAAAUAAAUAUGGAAACUACUAAAACACCGGAGGAUAUUUGUGAUGCAGCACCGCCCAUGGAGGAGCAAAACCAGAGGACGGUGGAAGUCGAUGAACCCACUAUAGCCUUAUCGAGUGAAACUAACCAACCUCCUCCUUGGCCUGAAAGUGAGGAUAAUGCCAACAUGCAGAUACAGACGAGUGAGAAUAUCCAAGGGAAUAUGGAUGUUGUAGGUUUAUCAACAGAAAGGGUCAGCGAUAUUGAAGGAGAAGGAACUGGAAGCAAUGAAGUAAUAGUGUUUGUUUGUGGGCAACCGGAUGACGCUGAUAUUGUAAUUCCGGCAUCAGACGAGCCAAUUAAUACGGUUAAUCAGGCAGAUGUUGAGAUUCAUGAAAACCAGAUGGUGUAUGAGCCCAUUAGUAGUCCAGAGAGUAAUGAUGACAGGGAGAUUUCCACAGCAUCAGAGAACCACGACGGUGCGUCUUUACUGGACAUUCAGAACACUCGGGAGAUGGAAGGAGAUGUAUCAACUAGUAGAGACAACAGUUGUAGCCAACAACUGGAAAAAGAGGAAGACCUCCAGGAACAAAUGUGUGUCCCAGACAGCCAAGAUGUUGAAGUGGAAGCACAAACCGUCAGAGUGUCAGAGAGUUGUGUUCCUGCACAUUUGGAGGAGAGUAACAUGAAUGUGAAACAAGUCGCAGUGAUCAGCUCCAGCGAUGACAUCAGCAUGCCAGAUGGCCAGUCGGAAGACGCUACACUACAAAGAGAAAGGAAUGGGUAUGCAGAUUGUGCCAGUGCCACAGAGGUUUCUGAACAGGUGCAGGAGGUUGCAGACGUCACAGUGACGACAACUACAGCCACCACUAAAGUGGAAAUACCAGAUAGUACAUCGGAGGAGUUUUUUAUCUUAGAACCAAUGCAAACGGGUGCAUUUCACUACGACAUUGUCACUCAAGCAGCGGCUGAAUCAGGUUUGUCGGACUCUCUUUCAGAGCAGGUGAAUGCAGACGGUCAUUUGGAAGGCGAUAUGGAGAAUGAAAGGAUUUUAAAUGGUUCCCAACAAGCCGACUUCCUGCAGGCAGAAGUGCACCAAUGUCACACAGCUGAUGAGAUCAAAGUGACCAAUUCAAGUGAGGUUGUAGACCAGGAGAUGACAGACCAAAGUGUUGAAGUUCUUCAAAAUUCCGACCACAGCAGUCACCCGACCUCUGACUUGAUGGAUGUUAAUACCUCAGAGAUUGAUAUGGCAAACUGCCAUGCUCAAGUCACAAAUGAAGACUGCAAUGCACUGAUAAUAACAAACGCCGAUGCUGAUUUGGAUUUACAAGAAGUGCAGAUUCUACAGGAUAUAGAGAUCGGACGUGAGAUUGUAGUAGCAGAGGAAGAGAGUGAUGAAGAUAGUGACAUCAUAAUAAUAAAAAAACUCCAGCAAACACCUGAGGCAGACCCUCCUAAAAAGUCUGAGGAAAAAGCUAAAGAUGAUACAUGUGGGACCAGCUUGAAGCUAAAUGAAAAGACUAAAGAUGAUAAAAAGGGACAGGGGGCAGAAAAACCCAAGAAACAAGAAAUGAACACACAGGCCAGAACCAAAGCCCGUCUGGCAGCUCUGGCUGAGCAAAAGGCUGCGGCCUCGAAGAGAACUGCAAACAGACAGCAGCUGAACCUCUUAGCUUUGUGUCACGAAAUUGCAGAGGACAUUGCUACGGACAGCAUGCUGUUAAAGAGGAUAGAAGAUGAAAAGCUAGCAGCAGCAUCAGAAGCCGCAUCCAAGAGUGAAACGAGCAAGAAGGAAAGUCCACCUGUUAACAAGCAAGAGGCAGACACUGCUGUUGUCGCAACUCCUGCGGGACCAGAGGAGAGUUCUGCUUCAGUGGCCCCUGCUGAGGAGGCCCCUAAAGCUCAGCCCCCAACUGAGGUAAAGCCUGCUGCAGAGCCCGCCGCGAAGCCCACUCCAGAAGCUCCAAAGAGGCGUUUCUUUGUCACGCAGAUUUCAGUGCCACUGAAAGCCCAUGAGAAGAAGAAGCUAACUAGAUAUCAGAGGCUAAGACAGGUUGAACUGCAGAGAGAGAAAAUGUCUUGGGCACGUGUGAAGAAGCUUAAGUCGGACCAAGCAAAUCAGAUGUUUUCAGACAUGGAUUGGCAAGCACCCAUGUCUGCAUCCUUCCCAUUCUCAGUUCCUCCUGUGACCACAGCUCCUCCUCCACCUGCAGCCGCUCCAUCCGUAUCACCUCUCCCAAGCCCCGCCUCCAAUAGCAAGCCUGCAACACCCAAGGCAGAAGUCCCUAAAGCUGACCCUCCCAAAGCUGAACCCAGUAAGAUUGAACCCACUAAAAUAGAAACACCCAAAACUGAACCCCCUGAACCUGAAGCUGAAGCCUCCAAAACUGUGACUCCUAACGCUGGAAUUCGUAAAUCUAUAAGGCAAACUAAGGCUCUGACUCCUAAAGAAACCCCUUCUCCGGGGCCCACCCCUAAAGUGACCCGAUCAGCAGCAAAGAGGACCCUCCCAGCAGUACCCCCACCCAUGCCUAAUGGAGUUAAAGCUCAAAAACAGAAGCCCGUUGAGUACAAGCCAUACAGGCCUAGGCCAAAGUAUUCCUUUGAUGAUUUUGAACUAGAUGACGACCCGUUACCAACAAAAAAGCCCGGUUUUCAGUCAAGGCCGACACAGCCGACACGGCCGGGUGUCCAGUCCAACCCUGCAGCGCAAUCUAGACCCACUCUUCAGUCGUUACAUCUUGCAAACCAGGCAAGACUCAGAGCUGGACAGAUCCCAGGUCAGUUGAGGCCAGCCGGUUCCACAAAUCCACAGUUAAAGCCUGCAGUUGCAACGACACCCCAGUUAAAGACCACAGCUACUGCCACGGCUACUGCCACAGCUACUGCCACGGCUACUGCCACAGCUACUGCCACGGCUACUGCCACGGCUACUGCCACAGCUACUACCACAGCUUCUUUAAAACAUCCUUUAGUUAAAGCUCAGUUAAAGCCUCCUCUCAUGACAUCACCCCAGUCAAAGGCUGUUUCAGCUCCAGGUCAGCCCAGGCCCGCUGCCUCGCCUCAGUUGAAGCCUGCUGGUAGUGGGGGUGCAGCUCAGCUCAGGCAGACAGCAGCUUCUCAGUCUGCAGGUUCAACAACAUCUGAGACAAAGCCAGCUGUUCCUAAGACCAUCGUUGGUUCAACGUCCCAGAAAACCACACAGAAGCCGUCAGCAGAAGAUGGCAAAUGCAAGGGUACAGCUAAUCCCACCUCUUCCAUUCCCACUAAAGAUGGCUCUAAAGUGCCUGAUGCACAGAAGUGUGAAGAAAAGCCUAAAGUGACUGGUGUGGAUCCAUCUCCUGAGAAUAAGGCACAAACAGUCAAGACAGAAGAGAAGACAUCGGGGAAACCUCAAGAGGGAGCAGCGGAGACGAGGGAUGGCAGGACUCCUCUCUCUGACGCCUGCCUGCAAAAAGAAGUCAAGAAGCUAAAGGAGGCUGACAAAGACAGCACCCAGACCAUCAUUGAUGCAGGACAGAAGCAUUUUGGAGCGGUGGCCUGCAGCGUGUGUGGGAUGCUCUACUCUGCUGCCAACCCUGAAGAUGAAUCUCAGCAUCUACUCUUCCACAACCAGUUCAUCAGCGCUGUUAAAUAUGUGGGAUGGAAGAAAGAGAGGAUCCUGGCAGAGUAUCCUGAUGGCAAGAUCAUCCUGGUCCUGCCUGACGAUCCCAAAUAUGCUCUGAAGAAGGUGGAGGAGAUCAGGGAGAUGGUGGACAAUGACCUGGGCUUCCAGCAGGUGGAGACCAAGUGUCCCUCUGUGACCAAGACCUUCCUCUUCAUCUCCCAUGAUAGGAAAGUGUGUGGAUGCCUUAUAGCGGAGCACAUACAAGAGGGAUACAGGGUGAUCGAGGAGCCAGGACCGGAGGGCACAGAGGGAGAAAAGGUAAUGUUUGAGCGCCAGAGAGCGUGGUGCUGCUCCACGACACCGGAGCCAGCAAUCUGUGGUAUCAGCCGCAUCUGGGUGGUGAACAUGAUGAGGCGCAAGGGCAUCGCCUCCCGCAUGCUGGAGUGCCUCAGGAACAACUUUGAUUACGGUUCGUACCUGAGCAAAGACGAGAUCGCUUUCUCCGACCCCACACCCGACGGGAAGCUCUUCGCCACACAUUAUUUUUCCACUUCUCAGUUUUUGGUUUAUAACUUUGUGAGUGGAACGCGCUCAUCCCAGCCAAAAACUGACGCAGUAUGACAGUCUCCAGGAAAAGGUAACAAUGGAUUGAACCGAGACGCCCACCGAGCAACGGGACGCAUCAUCGCUAAACCGUCUGAUCCAGAUUUGCAAAAUGUAAAAAACAAACUGUAAAUAACUCCGUGAAGAGGACACACAUUGGUUUAAAUCUCAGGAUGAAAACAACAAGGUGUUGUUAAUCAUUUUUAUUAACUCGCCCUUUAAUCCCUCCCCGAAUGGUAUUUUGAAAAAUGAGAGUAUUUUCUUCAUACACUUUUAAGUAAACAAUUGGUUUUAUUAGAAGGAUAGAGUUUACAUGCAUGACCUGACAGCAAUAGAAAACAAAGAGCCUUUCAUUGAUGUUUUCCUUUGAAUUCCUGCGAGGUCAAACAGGUGCAUUUUAAAUGUUAUUUUAGAGUUUUGUCCAUAUUAAGUUGAAAUGAUUUUUAAUUGCAUCAUGUAGUGUACUUCAAAGGAUUAUCAUGUCCAUCUCUUCACAGCUCAAAGUGAUGCUGCCGUCGUCUCAGAUUGGCUUUUAAGCAGCAGCGAUCAUGUUACUGGCCGGUUAAAUAUGUAUUUUUUCCACAUCAGUCCCACUGAUUUCACUGUUAUGUUUUUAUUAUAACAUUUCAAACUGAUCAUCCUAAAGAGAUGUGGGUUGAAGCUGUAGCCAGGGCAUUAAUUGUGUUCUCUAAUUUCCUUAGAUCACCUUGCCCGUUUAGUUUUCCCAGCUGAGCCAUAUACUGUACACCGUUUAGCAGGGCAUUGGAGCCUAAAACUGUAUGAGUGAUGUCCUUUAGUUUCACCGAAGCUGUCUAUUGCUUUCUUUGUGCCUGAAUGAAUAAUGUGUCACUUCAAAUUAGUUUUUUUCCUAGCCAUACGUUAUGGCUUUUUAUUGCGUUAAUGUAGAGUAUCAUUCUCCUUUUACCUAAGUGAAAUCGAAUGAAAUGUAUAUCAAAUGAUCAUGUAGAGUUAUGCAUACUAUAACAACAUUAAUAAUGGAUGUGUUAAGGUUCAGCCUUUAUGAUUACCAACAGGAACAUUUGCUCAGUGAUCAACAUGAGGGGUUGUAUCUCUUCCUCUCUACACAGAUUUACAGUAUCAUUGUACUCCAUCCCUUCUUUUAUUUUUCCUACUUGUUAAAGCAAUUGCUUUUAGAAAAAUGUGUCGUGGAGAAAAAGAUAUUUGAUUUAUACGAAGCUGUAUGUAAAUAUUUAUUUAAAUAAUAAACGAUAUAAAACUA